ACUCGUUUGCUUUGGUAGCGCUCAGUUGCUGAACGGAAGUCGUGGAGAGGAGAUCUCGGAUAAUUACGCUCAUUUCCCACUCACCAGAGAUCCGUCGUUCGUUGAGGCUAAUAAGUUGGAAAUUGUGAGAAAACGAGAAUGAUGACGCAGGUUUGUGAGGCGUGUUAUCAUUCACCAUGAACUCGAGUACGUGUUGGCAUUGCAGUUUGAAGUCCUAUGAAGUGUCCUAUUUGAGUGCGGAGGUCAUGCAUCACUUCGUGGGUUACAUCCUCCCGGGAGUGAUCUUUUCGAUCUUGGGACUUCGCUGGGCUUCCCAAUUGAUCUGGGAAUGGACACAGCAAGUUAUUGUGUCGGAAUUCCAGAUCCUGGGCUUACCUGUGCCGCCCAAAAGAAAAGGGUCCUGCUGUCGAGCCGCUUUCUCGUUGCCCUGGGAAGGGAUCGUCAAACUGAUCUUGACCGGGUUGGGCAUCAUGGUAUCCGUGAUUGCGGCCGCACCCCAACAACAGGAUAGUGAAUACGUCACCAACAUCCGAUAUGCCACGAUCUACCUGUUCUUUGCUUUGUCUGGUCUAGUGGACAUCCUGGUGUAUUAUUGUGGUUACUCAAUCCUUCCCGAGGGUAUCCAAAGCAUGAGCCUGAGCUUGUCCUUCAUUGUAGAGGGCGUUUUGUACGCUAUGAGGCUUCGAUUUGAACGAUAUUUGGAGCAACAAAUUCAUGUCCUUCUUAUUCUGGCUAUAUUUGCCUGCUCGGUCUCCUGCGUGCUUGAGGUCUUGUACGACAACCGUCUCGUCAAAUUUUCUCGGGCCUAUCUCUGUAUUCUCCAAGGUACCUGGCUCAUCCACGGUGGGUGCAUUAUGCAGGGGCGAGGCUCUUCGCCAGCGCAAACUUAUCCCGACUCAUUGGAGUGGGUCUCGAUUCUCUUCAGUUGGCACGUGGCCGGGAAUUUCAUUCUUUUCGUGGGCAGUCUGUUGCUAGCCAAGCAAGUGGCUCUCUCCGAGUCCUUCGAUUGCUUGGGAUGCUUGGCUCCCGCCAACAUCCUCUCGAACACAUCCACUCCCAGAUCGAACUCCUUCAACUCACCGGCCACGGUUCAGACCAACGCCUCUCCCAGUCCCACUUCUGGGGCCCAUUUGAAACGCCCUCAGACCAACGGGUUGGUCCCACCCUAUAGUUAUAUGCAAACCAAGCAAUUGCCACCUCCACCGGCGACGAAUGGGCCGGACCUGGAGGCGGGGCAACAUCAUCGCUAUAACUAUCCCCAUCAGUUUCAGCCCGUGGAGGAAAUGAGUCGGGCUUCUUCCGCUACGCAGAAGGAGUUGGAGAGCUAUCAACCCCAGGGAAUCAACCAUCCCCAAGAUUUAGCCGGGUUCCACCCUCGGGAUGGAGCUAGUAUGGCUUCCAGACCGAUGAUUGUUGAGGCGAUACCACGGGAUAACGUGAUGAUCAGCGAGGAAUACCGAAGCCUGGCCAGAGAAGCCAACCAUCAAGCAUCGUUCAAAGGCAAAGAGAGCAGCUUGAUUUGAGGUUGCAAAGCCAUUGGAACGAUGUCAAAAUUACCAAAGACUCAAAACCGUCAUUAUCGUUGUUCAAGAACGUGUAAUAUACGAAAUAUACAAUGUGCUAGGA